AUGAUAUUUUCGAUGAUUGGAGUCGAAAUUAAAUUGGAAAUUAUUUUGGAAACUCUGAGAUAUCACAGGAAUCUUAAACCACAUUUAAAGAGUGAGAAAAGAACUCAAGUUGAAACAUUCGGAACGAGAAAAGCUUUUCUUAUAAAUUUUCCUCUACAAGUGAAUAUAAAUGAAAGCACCCUGGCUCAACAUAAACAAGAAGUAAAAACAGAAACAAUAAAUCAAUUGAAGGAGAAUAGGAUUUUUCAAGCGGCAUUACAGCCACGGAUAAAACAGAGUAAGAUUUCCAGUUCGGCUUAUUCAAGUGCAGAAGAAGAAAAAAGAAAGGAAAUUCCAAACAAUGGAGAGCGAAAUUAA